AGCAGAGAGUAAGAGCCAACUUAUAUGGGGCCCUGCUGUCUUAUCUAAAAAUCGCUCAGAAACCCAAGUCUCUGACUCACAUCAUACACAAGGCAGGAGGUGAUGGGGUUGGGAAGAGGAUUUUGGCCGACGCCCACUCCGAUUAUGAACAGCUGAGAUAGGAAAACGUGGCUACCAUUCUGUUGGAGACAACUUUAUUGACAUGGUGUGUCGUGACGCGUGUGAUGGACAUGAUGUAGGAAGGAUGCUGGCUCUAUCAGUACUGGACACCAUUCUGUCUAUGGAUAAGUUCCAGCAGUGGAUGACCUUUCUGUCCUCUAAAGGUUACCUCCAACACCUGGUGGACAGCCUUCUCCAUGACGACCAGCCGCUACAGACCCUUGUGUCCCCCACCCCCCAACUCAGAGUGCUGUACAUCUACUUGUCUAAACUUACAGAGUCAGCAGUGGGGGCCCACACCUUGUUACAGUGUGGAGUCAUGCAGAGACUGGCUGGAUGCGUCUUCUUUGACCUUCGACCUGACUUUGACAGAUAG